CCCCCACCUUCACUAGAACCUCAGUAGCUGUAGUUCUGAGUCCUGCCUUGUGGCGGCGCUCGAUCCUCGGCGCAGGCGACACUCUGGACGCGUAACCAUGGUGACGCCGGCAUUCAACUUCAACGUGGGCGUCCUCGGUCACAUCGACAGCGGCAAGACGUCGCUGGCGCGCGCGCUCAGCACCGUCGCCAGCACCGCCUCCUUCGACAAGAACCCGCAGAGCAGGGAGAGGGGCAUCACCCUCGACCUCGGCUUCUCCUGCUUCAGCGUGCCCCUCCCUGAGCACCUCCGCACGACGACCGAGGAGGCGGAGGAGGAGGAGGAGGGGAUGAUGCAGGUGACGCUCGUCGACUGCCCCGGCCACGCGUCGCUGAUUCGCACGAUCAUAGGGGGCGCUCAGAUCAUCGACCUCAUGCUCCUCGUCGUCGACGUCACGAAGGGCGUGCAGACGCAGACGGCAGAGUGCCUCGUGCUGGGCCGCGUCGUCUGCCGGCGCAUGCUCGUCGCGCUCAACAAGGUGGACCUGCUGCCGACGGAGACGCGGGAGCGCACGGUGGAGCGCGCGCGUCGCAAGCUGCGCGCCACUCUCCGCGCGAUGGGGUACGACGACGACACAGCGAUGGUCGCCGUCUCCGCGCGCCCCGGCGGUCCGGACGCCGCGACGCCCGCGGAGGGAGUCGACGAGCUGGUGGCGCUGCUGCGGCGGAGCGCGCACCGGCCCGCUCGCGCCUCCACCGCCGCCGCCGGUCCGUUCGUGUUCGCCGUCGACCACUGCUUCGCGAUGCGCGGGCAGGGCACGGUGAUGACGGGCACGGUGCUGCGCGGCGCCGUGGCGACGAACGACGUCGUCGAGAUCCCCGCGCUCGGCGGAGCGACGCGCCGCGUCAAGUCGAUGCAGAUGUUCCGGCGUCCCGUCGAUCGCGCGGCGCAGGGCGACCGCGUCGGCGUCUGCGUGACGCAGUUCGACCCGCGCCUGCUCGAGCGCGGCCUCGCGGCGACGCCCGGCUCGCUGCCGACCCUCUCUGCCGCCGUCGCUUUCGUCGCGCGCAUACCCUACUACAAGGGGCGCUGCGGCACGCGCGCGAAGAUGCACGUCAGUCUCGGGCACGCCACCGUCAUGGCGCGCGUGUCGUAUUUCGCGCGUGCCGACGCGCCGCCCGACGACGCCGAUCCCGACGCGUUUGACUUCUCCGCCGAUUACCUCUACCAGGACGAGCUCCCCGACGCGAAAUCCGACGAGAAUGGCGGCGGCGGCGGCGGCGAAUCGGAGGCGAGCGUCGUCGCCGCGGCGACAGGCCGGCAGUUCGCGCUGCUCGAGUUUGAGCACCCGGUGACGUGCGUUCGCGACUCGAUCGUGAUCGGCUCGCGGCUCGACGCCGACGCGCACGCCAAUGCGUGCCGCCUCGCGUUCCACGGCCGCGUCGUUGCCGCGGCGACCGACGCGGGCUACGCGGCGACGCUGCUGCCGCGGCUGCGCGUCUACAAGGAGAAGGCGCGCGAGGGCAUCGCGGAGCGAGUCGCCGACGCUUACACCGUCGUCGGACGCGCGCUGUUCAAGCGCGAGAGCAAUGUGAAUCGAUUCGUCGGCCUGAAGGUGGCGCUGUCGACCGGAGAGGAUGGCGUCAUCGAGGGCGGGUUCGGGCAGAGCGGCAAGUUCAAGGUCAGGAUUCCGGCCGGGGUGAAACCGGAGACGGCGGCGCUGCUGGAGGGGAAGAAGAAGGGGAAGGGGAAGGGGAAGUCGGAAGUGGAGAGCGCGGCGGGAGAGAAGCGGGAGGAGGUCAAGAUCGUUCUCGCGUUCAGGCGGUACGUGUACGACGCGGAGAAGAAGAUGGUGCAGCCGAAGUAGAAUCGUCAUUCGUUUCCUUCGCGCGCCGGGGGAAAGUUUCGUAACGCGUUGAUAAUGGAAUUAGGGGAAAUUAGGGCAAUAACUUGUGUUUGUUGUGGUUAUUAAUUUUGAAAUAUAAAAAUUUUAUUGUUAGGGAAAUGUGCAUUUUGUGUUUGUAUACUUGCUCCCUCUACUCGUUAUAUAUAUAUACAUAUAUAGUUUAAGAUUUAGUUAUUAGAAAAAAGGUUAUUCAUAUAGAUGUGCUGCAUAAUUUUAAUAUUAAACCUGGAUUUAAUGUUUAUUUUGAGAUCUGUAAGGUUAGUAUCACGAGGUUCAGCCCUUGUCAAAAUGAAGUUGAAUUAAGGAUCAAACUAGAAAUUUUUACACGCUUUUAAGUGCUGCUUUUGUAUAAAUAAAAGUAUUCCAUUGUU